AUACAAGAUUUGGCACAGCCGAAUAUAGAACUCUUACUUGUUUUUUCUAUAAUACUUAAAUCUACUUUCCAAACAUCUCUAACCAAAAACAAUCCUCUUACUUUUAGUUAUUGAAGUAGCAUGCCGAGAAUAUGGUGACUAUCACAAGAGUAUGGUGAAAGCCAUUGAUAAUGGUAAAGUUUAUCGCUGGCAACCAGAAUCUGAAUAUAAACAUCCGAAAUCUAUAACACCCACUAAAUCUGAUACUACCUCGGGUGCUUCCUCAUUCGAUGAAAUCGAACAAUUUGAAAUGGAUUUUGAUGUGAAAAAAUUCAAGUCAACAACUACAUGGUGGAUGCAAUAUAAACUAUUAUUGCAACGUAUGAUAGUAAAGAUGUGGCGAGAUAAAUCCUAUAUAAAAUUAAAAUUUUAUAUGAAUAUAUGUCUUGGCCUCUUAGUAGGUGGUAUAUUUUUGGGUGUGGGAAAUGAUGCGACAAAAGCAUUAUUUAAUUUUGGCUUUGCAUUUACCAUAGUAAUCGGUUAUUUGUAUUUGCCAUUGAUGCCGGUGUUAUUACAAUUUCCUACCGAAAUGAAAUUACUAAAACGCGAAUAUUUUAAUCAAUGGUAUGGUUUAAGUUCUUACUAUUUGGCCAGCAUCACCUCCAAAUUUCCCUUUAUGUUUAUUUUGGCCUUUAUCUAUCUAUCCAUGGUCUAUGUUAUGUCCGGUCAGCCAUUGGAGCUUUUUAGAUUUGCCAUGUUAUUUUUAAUAGCCAUACUUACAGCCCAAAUAUCUGAUAGUAUGGGUAUGGUUAUAGCCUCCCGAUUAAGUUUAGUGAAUGCCAUGUUUAUGGGUCCCGUUAUGGCUUGUCCUUUAAUUUUACUCUCUUUUUUUGGCAUGGGCUAUGGCAGAGAAAUUGAAAUAUCGGUUUUUAUGAAAUUCGUUAUGAAAUUAAGUUAUCUACGCCAUGGUUUGGAGGGUCUAGUCGAAGCCCUCUAUGGCUAUGAUCGUGCCGAUACUAUAUGUCCACCCAGCGAAAUGUUUUGCAUGUACAAAAAUGCUCAAUUUCUGUUAACACUUUUGGGUUUUGAAGACAUUCAUUAUUGGACCUCUGUAGCGUAUCUAGUUGUUUUUUAUAUAUUCUUUACUGCUGCGGGUUAUAUAAUAAUUAAACAUCGUUUAUCGGCUUCUGCGGGAUCGAAUCGUUUACUGCAGUAUAUUAGUCAAAUGCUGGUUAAAUACUUUAAUUUUACGUCGUAUAAAUAUUAACAUUAAAAUAGUUUUCAUUUUAUUUAAAUAAUUUUUUUAUAUUUAAAUUUUAUUUUUAAUUUGCUAUAAGUACGAAGGGAAAGUUGUAUUAUACAUAUUCUUUAGUUAGCUUAAACAUGUAUAGAUUAUAAAAUAAAAAUGGUGAUAUUAGUUUAAGGAUAAUUUUUUACUGAAAAUAUUUUGUUAAUAAAGAAUAAAAA